GAGGAAAAAUUGGAGAAAUGGGCACUGUUCACAGAUGGACCACGAGCAAAAUACAUUGAAACACCACAGCGAUGACUAAUUUCAUUGGAAAAUAUUUUGCCGAAGAAGAAGAAACAGCACGAAGCGGGAAAAGUAUAAACAAAGAUGGACGUCAGAGGAGACUCGUGUGACGAUUCAGACAUUCUCCCUUCGUCAACUUUGCAAUUGUACGAGUCGCAGUUUUUCGGCUUCACUCCUCAGACGUGCAUGUUGCGGGUCUACAGCGCCUUCCAGGACUGUUUGUGUGACAUCUUGCCCAUCGUGGAGAAAGAAUGUGCCCGGCAACUGAGUAAAGGCAAGUCGAAAGCGACCGAAGAGCAGCUCCAAGUGCGCGCCAGGGAGUGUACUCUGAAGCUGCAACAGUUUUUAGGCGAGCGCUUCAAGGAACUGUCGGAGACAAUGGAGGCUCUACUGGUUACUCGGUGUUUCUCCAUACCGCCCAAUGUUCUGCUGCCGGAAGAUGACACCCACAGAAAACAUCCUCCAGACACACAGGAGAUGCUCAGACUGGAGUCGUCCUUGACGGACCUCCACAGCGCUUACGAGGCGGAGGUGUGUGCCAGACAGGCUCUACAGGCCGAGCUGAAGGAGCAAGCAGACUUGCAGAAGCAUCUGGAUGACUUUCUGACGUGGAUCAGAGAGCUUCAGGCCGCCUGGCUGAUGGAAGGAAACAGCAGUUUCCGGGAAAGUUUCCAACUCGUGACUUCAUCUGUGAAGAAACUGCAGGAAGCCAUAGUGGAGGUGUGCAACAAAGCCCCUUGAUGAACUAAAUUUGAUUGCUUUGAAUGUUCCUCCCAAGACUUAGCAGUUCAAUUCUACUCUUAAAUGAUUGACAGCAAGGUGGGAGCGGUAGAGGCAUAAAAUCAUUGUCUUAAUAAUGUUUGGACAUAAUAAAUCGGGUUUCUUUGUGCUAAUGUUAACUGCACACAAGUGAGUUAACGUUUUAGUGACGCAUGUUGUUGCAAUAUUCAGAUGUCACCAACGGAGGGCGCAAGUGUUCACAAUUUUUUCACUACUGUGAAGGAUGCUGUUAAAACGACUGCUAAAUCAAUAGAAAACACACUUUCAAAAUGAACUUGAAGAAAAUGAAGACGAGCUUUAUAUUUUCAAUGUUGAUGUUUUUGAGAAGUGUGUUCCCGAUUUCUAAACAAAAAUGCACGGACUACACUAAUGGCAAGUAUAGUCCUUUUUAGCCACUAGGUGGCAUCAUCUACUUUCCAACACGGUAGCCUUGGCCCUACGCGACUGCCAAAAUUAAAAACAUUGCUUUUUAUUCCCUUUUGCUUAUUAAAUGUGCUCUUUCAUAUGUUUGGUGUAAUAAAAAAGGCUAAACAAGCUCAUAAUGGUAUUAGCAGCAUAAAGUAUGAUCAGACAGCUCGUUGUCAAUCAUUGUCAAGUAGAGCAUAUCAGCAUUAAACUAGUGUCAGUGUUUUCAACUAGCAACGGUGUAAAACGAUGAAAAUGUGAUUUAUUUUGUGAUUUAUAGCCACCGCAACAGUUUGGAGAAAGUAAAUGAACAACAACAGUUCAAGUGUAAACAUUUGUUUUAGCCACAACAUUCCUGGAAAUGUGUGAGAGAGAUCCAGAUGGGACAGUGUGAGAAUCAGCAAAGGGAUUGUUGUCCUUUGGAUUGGCAACAUUUCUGGGUAAAGGUCUGUGCUCAAUGGAAACAAUUAAAGCAGAUAGAGUUGGUAUAUUGUAGUUACCUUA